GAACAUGGCCGAAUUGGGGAUGGUGUUUUUAUGUGUUUUGGGUUGGUAUCUGGAGGUGAAUUGGCAGUUAAAGUUGCUAUCAUAUCAGAUAUGUUAGUCAAAACCCCCCUACUACAGUGAAAGAAAGGACAGACUAAAGCAUAUGAGAGAGAGAGAGAAAGAGGGGGGGGUGGAAUGACAUAUUGUAAAACCCAGAGUAAAAAUUUGACAUUUGGGGUGUGCUUUGGGAUUUCAAUAUUAUAAUAAUAGUUUGUCUUCACAUUCCUUGCCAAAAACAGUGAAAACUCAUGAAAGUCUAGGACUUUUCAGGUCUCCUUCUUCAAUCAAAGAGGACUCCUUUUUUUUUUUUUGUUUUAUGUUUUUAGCCUUUCUUUUAGUUUGCCCGCACCCCACCACCCUUUUACCUGUUCAUGGAUCCCAAGGGCUCCAAGCAGCCUCCACAAGAAGUACCAAACUUCUUGACCCUGCCACCACAACCCCAACAACACCACCAACAUCCGCAACCCCAACAACAGCAGCAACAGCCUCAAAACAUGGGUGAGAACAAACCAGCUGAAAUCAAGGAUUUCCAGAUUGUUAUUGCAGAUAAAGAAGAAGGGAAGAAACAACAGCUGGCCCCAAAAAGAAGUUCUAACAAAGACAGGCAUACCAAAGUUGAAGGAAGAGGUAGAAGGAUAAGGAUGCCUGCUUUAUGUGCAGCUAGAAUCUUUCAGUUGACCAGGGAAUUGGGUCACAAAUCUGAUGGGGAAACAAUACAGUGGCUGUUACAACAAGCUGAACCAUCAAUAAUAGCCGCCACAGGAAGUGGAACAAUACCAGCGUCAGCUUUGGCAGCAGCUGGAGGCUCAGUUUCACAGCAGGGAGCCUCUCUAUCGGCCGGUUUGCACCAAAAGAUGGAAGAUUUAGGGGGGUCCAGUAUAGGGUCAGGGAGCAGUAGGACCAGUUGGGCAAUGGUUGGUGGCAAUUUGGGGAGACCCCAUCAUGUGGCAACAGGGUUAUGGCCCCCAGUCAGUGGUUAUGGGUUUCAGUCAUCAUCUGGUCCAUCUACAACAAAUUUAGGCAGUGAAAGUUCUAAUUAUCUGCAAAAGAUUGGGUUUCCUGGUUUUGACUUGCCAGCUGCUAACAUGGGUCAGAUGAGUUUCACCUCAAUCUUGGGUGGGGCUAGCCAGCAGCUCCCUGGUUUGGAACUUGGCUUAUCUCAAGAUGGUCAUAUUGGACUUCUAAAUCCUCAAGCUUUGAGCCAGAUUUAUCAGCAGAUGGGGCAGGCUAGGGUGCACCAGCAGCAACAGCAGCAGCACCAGCAACAACCCCCUGCUAAGGAUGAUUCCCAAGGAUCAGGCCAGUAAAAUUAUAAACUUUGGCAGCAAGACUAAAAAAAAUUAGCAUUCAUGAGAGAGGAUGGGUUUUUUCUUGUUAUGGUUUCGGUAUUGUAUAAUUGGGAAAACAAAAAAAAAAGUGAGAAAAAUGGAUACUUUGCCUCUCAGAAUUCUGUAGGGACUGGAUGGAUUUUAUUGUGCCCCCUUCUUCUUUCUGCACUGCAUCACCCGAGUCUCCAUUACAAAGGUGGAGCUUUGCACAGCCUUGUAGCUUGAGAACUUCUUGUUUGAUUCAGAGGUGUGUUGAUUAUGAUGUAAGGCAAAUUUAAUUGUUUUCUUUUUCUCUAGGUCUGGAUGGAGUGGCAAUCGGUUUGUUUGUGAAAUUAAACAUAGAAUUUUACAGUCAUACAUGUCCAGUUUCUUGUUAGAUCAAGUAAGAAUUCUUAUUUCUCUAAAAGAAUAUAUUUGUGCACAUACAGGGCCAAUUAUUGAUUACUUCGGGCUGCCUUGCAUUUUUCCUGCUAUAGCAUGUCUGCUAACACAUAGGAACCUAGUUCUUUUGUCAUCACUUCAAAAAUUCUUCCUUUGUGCUGAUCUUACCUUGGUUGGAAAACUCUUUCAGCUUAUUUCCUUCAUAAUCCUUUUGUUAAACCCUAUAUAUUUUUCUCUCCAUGUUAUUCCCAAAUUUUCAUCUCAAUGGAUUAAUUUUAUUCAUGGAAUUUGUAUCCACUCACUGCUUCACAUAUAAGGGCACUCCACUAAGUAUGUCUAUGACAUUGGAUGUGUUAUUAACUGUUUAUCUCUUUGUUUGCUGUUGAGCAAGAUUAUGUACAUGAGGUUGUCUCAAAUUUGGGCAAAAUACUCUUGGAAAAUUCAAAUUUCUUUCUGCCAUCAUACUUCAUAUUAUUUUAGAAAUCAUUUUAUGUUUAUACAAGGAUUUAUAAUUGGCAAAGAUCAGUGCCCUCUUAAAAUGAUGCAGUUUCAGGCAGUCUUCGCUAUCCAAACUGUCAUAAUUUACUUUUUCUAACUCUGAAACUAUUCUUAAUCCUUGAUGAAGGGCUUGGCCCCAACAUAGAAGUGUCAGUGAUAGCCAAAUAGCCGUGCUUUCGCCUUCUUUGAACUGCAGUUUCUAACCUUGAGGCAAACAAGAAUCUGUUAAGCUACAUUAUCCAACUUCCAAGUUGGUUCUCAUCAAUUUAUGGCACCAAAUGGCCCAAGUAACUUUUCCAAGCUGCCCUGUUAACUGUUGCUCGAGGGUACCAUGUUUUAAAGAAGCCAUCUAGUGUUAUGGCAAACCUUGACUCAAAGCUGUUAAAGAACCACUUUGUACGAAGCUUCUGAGCUUUCUCUUUGCCAAAGAGUUUUUAAUCAACUAUAAAUGAGAAUAUUGUGUAAUGAUAUUGAAUUAAAACAUAGAAAAAGUCAGUGUUUAAGUGCACAGUAUCUGAUGUGCCUGCACUGAGGUAUGCUUAGAAAUGAUCAUGCGAAUGUCUUUCAUAUGUCACAUUGACUUGGAUUAUUCGGUGGAAGCUGAUUCUACACAUUUAGGACUGGGAAAUUUGGAGCAUUCAUGUCUGAGGUCUUCUUGUGUUGAUAAAAUCCUUACAUUCAUAUAUGUUCAGUUUUUUUUUCUCUUUUUUUAAUUUUGUUGCUUCAUAAACUAGUGUUUAAUUAGUAUAGCACUAUGGCUUCUCUUUU